CUGACGCCGGGGUGGUUGAGGUUGGGCUGUGCGUCGAGGAAUGUUUAUUCCUCUGAGUUUUUUUGUUGUAGGAAAAAGUUUCCUGUAUCCAUUGGAGGUGGACCAUUUCCUUUCUGAGGGUUGAGAUCUUCGAUAUGCUGGGGAGUUUCGAUUCUACACCCUGAGAUGCUUGUUCCCCGUUUCAAUAAUAUUACGACUCUGUUAACUGUGAGCACCUCGGGAAUAUAUAGAUCAUGAAAUUGAGCAUCGAAUGCUCAGUGAGGCGGUGCUUUGUUCUAUCCAUUUACUUAAAGCAAUCUUUAUUCCGCUGGUUUCAUCCCCCCCCGCUGGCGUUUCGUGAUGAGGAUUCCUUUCUUCGUUCUUUUGUGUUGGAAGAUUCUGUCACCGGUGGUCGAAUUGUCAACAAAAUCCACGACGGAUUUCAAGAAGUGGCUGAAAUCCAUCUCGGAUCUCUCCUGUCUCCAAUAGCGGCCUCCACUGGCGCGUGGCUGUGACUGACUGCGGCGGAUGGGAUGCCUUUGAAUCCGCACACCACUCCUUUUCUGGCCAUUGGCCUUCGUACACGGGCCGUUUCUUGCACUAAACUAGCCACGCCCAGCGGGUCCCAACAGACCCGACAAGUUUUGAUAGGCUAAUUUGUUGCAUUUGUUGCAUUCCAGAAGCUCUGGAGUGCACGGGAUGCAAGGCUGCAAGGCGGCACAACCGAGCGCCCGCCUUCUAUCAGCCGCCCGCAUGGGGAAUUUUGGCAACAAGAGAUCGGUUUCUAGUUGUUCAAUCUAUCCUCGGGGCGUCAAUAGUGGGUUAAACUACGAUGUGUUAAAUUACUUGACGUCCAAGACGUCUUCAAAGCCCGUGUCUCUCGAGCCAACAGAGACAGCCACUGUCUGCCUGAUAUCCUCCACAAAAACGAGCAGGCUGAAUCGACCAAUCGACACAAACCAGCAAGAUGCUCAGAUUCCCCGAGAACCGCGAUGACUGGAGUCUGGAUAUUGUUAGUUUGCUCGCCGUCAUUGGCGAGAGUGCCAUGUCGGCGCACUCCCAACCGCUAACAGCUUCAAUUCUGUGUCUGCUUCCUCGUAUCCUGCCUGCUCCGCAGGCGCUUCUCAGACACGAGCGGCCAACACGUCUGCCUUCCAUUCCGGCACACAUCGUGAGCAUUCACUCCGGCACCCUGCUCCUGGAGCUCAACCAUUUUGCAAACCUCGUCUACAACAUCGAUCUUCCUAGCUUUGCCGUUCGAGAGAUCCGGAUCAAACAUAGAGAAGGCUACGCAGACACCCUCAGUGAUGAAAAGAAACUUAGAAAUCGUAUUCUUCGAACGCCAAAGGGUGUCAUUCAUGCUCAGCCCUUUUCGCCCUUAGCUCUUCUCUCAGUUGCUUCAUUCCUUCUGUCGGUUGGCCUGUGCGCAUGGGCUAUUAUCCUCGAAGAUGGUGUAGCGGUCAUUGCGAUCGUGGUUGUGUCAUUCACAUCUAGUAUCAUUGGAUUAUCUUCCAUGUGGCAUCCAAACUUGACGGUGCGGAAACGCAAAACAGUUGUGCCGGACGGUGACCUGAUUAUUCGGACGAGACAGGGCGCAUUUAUAAUCAUACGGUGUACAGAAGAGAUCGCCCGCGAACUCUACACGGGCACAGAAGAAUGUAGCUACGUCGUCAGUGACCAGAUAUUCCGCGCGUUAGUUGGGGUGGGCACAUUUCUGCUCAUGAGCGCGGUGAUCCUGAUGGGAAAUUCUACCUGGACCAUGCAGGCGGCACUCGGCGGUUCAUACGUUUUACUCAACGGCUGCUAUCAGAUCGCCGCACUGUUCCCUAGAGGAUGGCAUUGGAACCUUAUACGUUAUGAAAUGAAAGAGAUACGAAACACAGACGCGCAGACAUACACGCAGGCGCUGUGGAAAGCUAUUCAUGUUUCCAAGUUCACCGACUGGGUGCGGGUGAGCGGCGCAGCUCCUAACUCUGAAGCAUGGAGGGCGUGGAUUGACCUCGCUGGGGAUAAUCUGCAUGACGAAAAUUGGGAUGCACAGAAGGCAUUGGACGAGCUGCUGAAUGCUGAGAAGAGCGAGGCUGGAUUCCAGCCUGUUAAAAAUGGCGUCGUGAGGGAGGAAUCCUCCUCCUAAAGGUGACGAGUAGUGAUGAGUAUGUUUAUACAUUGUUUUUGAGUUAUGAUGUUUGGUUUAAACGUCACGGCCGAUUUAUAGACAUGUACUGGCUGUUAGACUAUACAUGGCUGGUAUAACCUUUUAAGCGUGGUGUUGGUGCUUCGAACUUGGCGCGUGCGACUUUUGAAAAUACCUCCCUCAGCAUGUACUGGCUUAAUAAUGAAUGAAUUGAAUUUAUCGGGAAGAACUCGCUACUCCGAUCUGUGCUGAUUGACAAAUUGAUGCGAAGGAAAGACGCUUUUGUCUCAGGCAAUAGGCCAUGCAAGACUUCGCUGCCCCAGUUGUUUGGUCACUGAGGUCACUGGGGCGCACCAGCUAGGGUUGUUGGAUUGGGAAUAGCAGUUCCUAAGCACCACAGCUAGGCUUAGUUGAGACAGCUUCUUGAAGCUGAGGGGAUUUUAUGGCCAUAUGCUUCUUGAUAGUCAACUGCGUCGUCCCAAUAAAUAAUGUUCAUUCCGGUGUCUCCGAAUGUUCAACCAUUGUAUAUGGUUUCAUCAGGUGAAGUCUCGGACCGGAAAAGGGCAUUAUCGGCUCACAACGCCCAUUUGGGAGCGGUAGGUUGCCAAUCAGACGUUCUUUGCUUGUUCAGGGAUGCGAAAAGCUUCUUUGUCCAGCCACUUCUCAUGGCCUUUUUGGAGGGCAUAUGAUAUAUCCAAUCAUCCCAAUUUUAAGAAGCUUGGGCGCAGCAAAAAUUCUCAUUACCCAUUGUCAUUCAUCAAUUGCCGCCCCCCGCCGGUAGGCAUAUACUAUGCGUAUGUCAGUGGCUUUCUUGCUCGAAUGCUUGAUCCCCGCAACCAUGGUGGUGGCUUUUUUUGAGUAACCAUGCACUAAGACCUUUUAUUUGUCUCAAGGUUGCAGCGGGCACUGUUUCUAAUCCCGAUAGGCUCUUUGACAGUGGUCUUACUAUGUAGGUAGAUAUUGUCAGCGCUUCUUAUCUGUUUAAUGUAAAACCCAAGAGGCC